AUGGAUGGGCUGAGCCUCCGAGAAACGGCUCUGCAUGACCCCCUCACUUUCCCGCCCGACCGGACGACCCCGGCCUUUGCCCCGCUGGCAGAGAGGGACGAGGCUGGGGCAGGCCCCGGGCUGCUUCACAUCUCCACGUCGGGGCGCCUCCUCCUGGCUCCCCCGAGGGCAAUGUUUACGGGGGUCCAAAGGAAGAUGGGACCCUCUGGGUCAGUCACCACCAAGGGCGCCAGGGCUGCGAGUUCCGGGCGAGGCCAUGGCCGGGGCCUCCUUGGUAUUUGUAACUGGGAGCCCCGGACCCGCCCCUGGCUCCUCCUCCCGCCCCCCGGGGGCACCGACCCCGGGGCUGCCGGAACGCGGCGGCGGGCCCCCCAGCCCGGCGUGGCCCAGGGCCGGCGGCGAGAACGAAGCGGCCUGGGGGCGAGGCCCGAGCCGGGGUCUGGGAGCGGCCCCGGUGCACAGCGCCAGGCACGGCGGCGGCUCUCCGGGGAGCUCGAGGCUCGCGGAUCCGGGCAGCCCGGCAGGUGCGUUUCCUUGCUCGCCGCGCCUGGCUCGGCCUCGGACCCCCUGGGCGGUGUCGGACGGUACUUUCGCGUCGCGUCGCGUCGAGUGACCGCGCCAAGGCCCGACGGCCAGGCCGGGGACCCGAGGCGAUGGGCGCGUCCCCGGAUUCCGGUUCCACGCGGGUCCACUCUGCCAGCGCGGGUGGGAAGCGGCCCCGUGCCGAGCCGGGGCGUGGAGGGCGGGCGGUGCCAGGAGCCCAGCUUGGCCAGGCCGAGCCCGGGUGGGUGGAGAUGGCAGGGUGGGGGAUGGAUGGAUGGAUGGCGUCGGCUACCUUGGAGAGCGCCGGCUCGUCGCCAAGCUGGGGAGGGGGCGCGUGACCCCCCGGCAAACCACGCUAAUGAUGUCGGGAUUCCGGAGGGGGCGAGGGGCUGGGCGGGAGGAGGGAGCGGACGGGCGCGGCGCCCCGGCGCGCACAGACAGCCGCAGAGAAGGCGCAGCCGGCGCUGGGCGCCCGACAGGUUCGGGGGACGCGGCGGACAGGAGGGCGGGGGCGCACGGCGAGCUCAGAGCGCACCGCGCCGCCGGCAAGGAGGCGCGCCCGCCGCCCGCCAGAUGAAUAUUUACCCGCCGCUGCUCGCCGCGCCCGGCCGCCCUCACCUGGGCGCAGGUAAGACCCCGGGGCGCAGGCGCCGGGGCCCCCCCGCCCACCGCGGUAUCGGGGUCCCCGGCCGGGCGGCAGGGGCGGGCAUCGACGGGGGAGGCGCGGUGCGCCCGGGGAGAGCUUGGGCACGGCCCCGGGCACCUGCGCGCGUGAGUGUCCGGCUGCGGGGACGCGUCUCUGGACUUGGCACCGGCUGGACACCCCCACAGGCUGCCCGUCGCGCGCUCCCUUCCUUCUCCCUCCCUCCCCCUGUCGACUCGCAGACCGGGCACCGUACGAGGCGCGGGCUCCGGGACGUCCUGUCCACUGGGGGAGCGGCGCGUUCUGCGGGGAAACUCCGCACAAAGGCCGCCGGCUGGCGGGUGCCAGCCCCGUUGCCCGCUGCGCUCCGGAGGUGCCCGCGCGCCCGGAACCCCGCAGCCGCUGACCGCGCGGCGCACCCCGGACCGGGAGGGAAGGCGCUCCUGGGGACGGACGCGCGGGCGGGACCCCAGGGCAGCGCGUGGUGCCCGUCCAGGCCUGGGACACUGGGGCGGAGCCGGCCCGGUGGCCGGAUGGCCGGAGGCGCUGACUUACCUGGAGGCCACCUGUUGAGAGUCCAGUUUGGGGUCGGCGCUCCGGGGGCGACGCGCGUGCCGGACGCGGACCCAGGAGGGACGUGGGCAAAACCCAUGCACCGGCUCGGGCCGCGCCCCGCAACUCCUCGGGGCCGCUUGGGGGGACCUAGGGCGCAGCGCGCGUCGACUCCGCCUGACUCCGGCGCUCAGAAGUCAAGAGCCGCCGCGCCGCCGCCUCCGCGCGCCUUUCAGGGCCCGCGCGCGCGCCGCAUUCUUGAGCCGCGGCCUCCGGGUCCCCCCGACAAAGACCCCCGAGCCCGGCUCCCCCUGCCCGCUAAAUCCCCUUCGGGGUCAGUGCGCCAGCAGCAGCAGCACCCGCCAAGGCCCCGCGGCCCUGACCCGCCGCCCGCGAGGCCCCCGCCCCGCCCCUCGGCCCCUCCCGGAGCAGCUGUCGCGAAGGCCGGCCGGCCGGGCCCCAGCGCUUGCGUCCGCCUGGCCCGGCCGCACGUCACCUUCCCGGGCCUGCGGCUCCUGCCUGCCCCGUGGGUCCAGGCGUCGCCUUGGCCCGCCGAGAGGGUCGGCCUGGAACUUUGGGAGCGGACUCGGCGCGGAGUCCGUGGGGAGAGGGGCAGGGCGGGGCGAAGCCUCGGCCUGGCCUACCUGGGGCCCACCUGGCUCUGGGGCAGGGGUGAGGGCUGGCGGAGCUCCGCCCUGCAGCCCCGAGCUCCCAGGUACCCGCUGGCCAGGCCCUCUGUGACCCUGCCUGGGGGUGAGUGUGGGUGA